CAAGUGAAACUGGGAUCGAGUUUGAAGAAACACAGCUUCUUUAUUUCUUCCAUAACUUCUCAAGUGCAGUACUUCUUCCACAAUCAUCACAGAAAUGGGUGAAGAGAACAAAGAAGAGAACAAGGGGGAGGAAAAGAAAGAAGAGGCCAAGGAUGAACAGAAGAAAGAAGAAGAGAAAAAGGAGGAGAAGAAGGAAGAAGAGCCUCCAGAGAUUGUACUCAAGGUUGAUAUGCAUUGUGAAGCUUGUGCUAGAAAAGUUGCUAGAGCCCUCAAAGGAUUUGAAGGGGUGGAGGAAGUAGCCACAGACAGCAAGGCCAGUAAGGUGGUGGUGAAAGGAAAGGCAGCAGACCCCAUUAAGGUCUGUGAAAGACUACAAAAGAAGAGAGGAAGAAAAGUGGAGCUGAUUUCCCCUUUGCCAAAGCCACCAGCGGAGAAAAAGGAAGAAAAUACAGAACAGAAGGAAGAGAAAAAGGAAGAGCCUCCUAAAGUUGUCACGGUAGUGUUGAAGGUUCGGAUGCACUGUGAAGCUUGUGCUCAAGUUAUACAGAAGCGAAUUCGAAAGAUGAAAGGUGUAGAAUCUGUGGAAACAAACCUGGCCAACGAUCAAGUAAUAGUGAAAGGCAUUAUAGAUCCUGAAAAGCUGGUUGAUUAUGUCUACAAAAGAGCCGGAAAGCAAGCCUCCAUUGUGAAGGAUGAAGAGAAGAAGCAAGACGAGAAGAAAGAAGAUAAGAAGGAAGAGAAAGCAGAGAAGAAAGAAAGUGAAGAAGACAAGGCGGGAGAUGAUGCCCUAGUUGAUAUGAUCAAGCGGAGUGAAUAUUGGCCAUCAAGGUUCUACUCAGAGUAUGCAUAUCCUCCUCAAAUUUUCAGUGAUGAGAAUCCAAAUGCUUGCUUCAUAAUGUAACCAGCAUUAAACUGCAGUUUAAUGUGCUAUAGUCAGCUACAAUUUUCCAUGUAGUUAUAAGGGAUGAUAAGAUCCUGGCCAGACUUAAAAAUUGAGUGUUUUAUGGCAUCCUAUGUAAUCAUAUAUAGGUAAUGUUUUUUUGUAAGCUUCAUGUACACUUAAGACAUUCAUAUGUAGAAUGUUACAGUUCAAGAAGUUAGCUGUAAUAAGUUAAAUUGGUACCU